CCUGACUCUUAAAAUGAGUAAUAGGACUCAUUUUGCUUUCACAUGAACGAUCUAAUCAGAUUUUUAUAACCUCGUGUCUUUUAGGAGUUCAUGCUAAGAAUCAAACACUGUCCCAAGUACUUUAACAGUGUCUUAUUUAAUUCUAAGAACCCGGAAAAGGAAAUAUUUCUAUUUCUAUUUAAUACCCGAGAAACUUAGAGGUAGCAGAUGAAGAAUUGAAAUCUAACUCCGUGGGCUUCCAAAACAGUAUUUUGUUCCUCUACUAUAAACGACACUCUGGAGAAGAAGAUCCAAAAAAAGUUAUUCGUUUUUCAGUGUCACCCUCCGUGCAUCCUAACCAGAGGAAAAGUGAAUCUGUGAGAUCCUGCAAGGUUGGGAGACUGAAUUGAGAGAUUCAGAAACAAAAGUCCAAGUUUUUCUUGUUGUGUCAGCAAAGUAAUCGGGAAACCGAACAAAGCAUUUACCAAUCAUUUCCUGAAAUGGACAGAAAAGGGACUCAAGAUGGAGCAGAUUACAAGAAUACCAAGAUGAUAGCUGUAGUUCCAGAGAAGCAGCACAAUAGGAGUUGAUGGCUUUUGGUGGCUGGAUGGAGUUUCUGCAGAAUCCAGGCUAGGCCCAACCUUUGAGAAUUCUAUGCACCCUCCUUACCAGGAGAUGGCCGGCCAGCCUGACGGAGGUGAUCACUGGACUGGAGGCCUGUGUUCCAGAACCCUCUGCACCUCAGUUCUGAAUUUCAGUUGGAAGUAUUGAGUAUUUCAAAGACUUACCAGGCCCUCUCCAGAAAGACAAAGAAAUAUCAAGAAUCACAUCAAUAGCCUGAUUUUGCCGAUGAGGAUGCUGAAGCUCACAGGAGUGAAGUAACUUGCCAAGAUCACACAAGUAAUAAACAAAGGGAACUGGGAUUCAAGGCUCUCGUGCAGCAUAGGGAGGGUGCAUUGUUGCAGCCUCACUCACACAGAGCUGCCUACUUGCCUUCUGUGCUUCCCAAGCACCAGCUCUGUUCAGCUUCUACAAAAGGUCUCAGCAGCAUCAAUCCAUAUUGACGGCAAUGGCUCUGGGGUCUGCUCACAAUCUUGUGGAGGGAACUGAGGGUUUCUAGCCCCAAGGAGGAUGAGUAAAGAGAAUUCUGGCCCUUGAGCACUCAAUUACAGACGACCCCGUCAGGAAUUCAAACCCGUGACUAUCAUGCGACUCAACCAAGGAAAAAAAAAAAGUUAAAAAGAUUAAGAGCCAGAGAAGCAAUCUUCACACACAAGGCCAGCGAGCAAGCAAAGGACUAGCUCAUCAGGGACGGUGUCCUGUGCCGUGACCCCACAAGAUGCCACAAGAAGAGGCUCACUUCAUCUAUGGUAACCUCAGGAAGGGGCACAGUUAUUCUUACAUUACAACUGAAGAGGCUGCAGGGAUUGGCUUCCUGAUAGUGAUCCUGGGAAUUUCACUGCUCAUCGGCUGCUGGUAUUGUAGAAGACGAAGUGGAUACAGAAACUUGACGGACAAAAAUCUUCAUGCUGGAAUUCAAACUAACUUGAGGGAAAGAUGUCCAUAUGAAGGGCUUGGUCAUCAGGACAGCAAACUGUCUUUUCAAAACCAAAACUGUGAUCCUCAGGUCCCUGAGGCUCCUCCUGCUUAUGAGAAACUUUCUACAGGACCGUCACCUCCACCUUACUCACCCUGAGAGCCAGCAAAGCCAUCUGAGAAGUGCUGAAAUGCUUUCCCUCACACUUCUGCUUUAACUUACUUUUGACAUCUAAUGUUCUACUUUAAAAUGAACAACAAUGUACAUAUCUAAUAGGCCAGUGUUACAUUCGUAACAGGACAACUAGCAGUACUAAUCAAGUGAGGAAAUGAUGAAAAAUAUUAAAAUGGAAAGGCUUCAUCAAUAUCUACUGUCUGUACUAGUAGUAAUGCUAUUAAAUCCACUAUUUUAUGAAUAAUAGAACUCAAGUGGGUGUUCUGGGACUAUCUAUUUCUUUUGAAAUUCGGCUAACUUACAAACUUUUAUUCAGAUUUUUAAAGUAGCAACCUCUUGACCAACAUGAAAAGUACAGAGAAUGGUGGCAGGUGUUAUAGCCUGCUCACAAAGGACACUUACAAGCUUAAAACUAAGAACUGAAAGACCUACUUAUCUGAUCUGGACCAUGUCAGCCACACCGCUUCAUAUAUAAUAAUACACCCUAAAGAUCCCCACCUUCAGUAAUAUAUAUAAUGAAGUUAUAAUUACAUUUUACUUUAAGGGUCAAUGUUAUCAUAAUUAAGGAUAAGAAUCUUCUCUUAAACCAAAAAAGUGGUUUAAGGAUUUAAAUAAGCAGAAGUCACUAGAGUUUGACACUGUCUGUGUACAGUCUUAAGUGUCCCCAUGGCAGUUUAGCUUUUUCAGGUUCCAGAAUCUCUCAAACAAGAACAUACAAAAGAAACCAUAAAGGAUAAGAGAUCA